AUGGAUUUCCAUGAAAAGGAUGCGCACAGGCACAGCUCUGAUGAGCAUGACCCUGCUCCGCUCCCUCUCGUCCGCCUGAACCACGUCUCGUUCCAGUGCGAGUCCGUGGAAGCAUCGGUCGGCUUCUACCAGCGUGUGCUUGGCUUCGAGCUCGUCAAACGCCCGGCGUCCCUCGACUUCAGAGGAGCAUGGCUGCACAAGUACGGCAUGGGGAUACAUCUACUGCAGCGCGGCUCGGAUUCCAGCGCUCCGGCUGCGGCUGCUGCAAGACCGCCGGCGAUCAACCCCAAGGGCAACCACAUUUCCUUUCAGUGCACGGACAUGGCGCUCAUGAAGGCGAGGCUGGGCGACAUGGGGCUGGAGUUCGUCGCGGCGCGGGUGCGGGACGGCGAGACGGUGGUGGAGCAGCUCUUCUUCCACGACCCGGACGGCAAUGUGAUCGAGGUCUGCGACUGCGAGAAGCUCCCCGUGAUACCCCUCGCCGAUGCAGGCGCCGCCGGCCUUCCCAAUCUGCUGCUGCCGGUGGAAACGAACGUGCAUGGUUAG